AUGAGCUUAUGCACGGAAAAGCCUUCGCAAUGUGUGUACAUACAAUCUCUGAUCAAUGAACGCAAGUACAAACUUGUCUUUCGAGGAGACAUUUGCCUAUUGGGCACCGAGAGGAUAAAACGAUACAUUGAGAAAUCUAUCGGAAUCCCCGCAGCACAGCAGGAACUCACUUUUAAUGGGAAAAAAUUAUUAGAAGGUUCGAGUGGAGAUAGCAUUGGACUUUACAAUAAUGCAGUUCUUCACCUUCAGCACGCGAGUCCUUCUGCGUGUGACCUCUCACUUAACUGUGCGAGUCAGCGAACGACUUCGCCGACCAAAAGUCCAACUCCGGAAGAUAUGGCUUCUAGAUCCCCUAUCACCCCCCUACACUCAUCAUGCAACUUCAAGACAGUCACGACGAAGGGAGUUCCACACAGGUCUACUGGUUCUGAAGGGGUCACAGAAUACCAGCCCCUUGAAAGGCUCGAGUGGGAGGAUAAAUUGGGUGCUCACUCGGAUCCUCAUUUUGAUGGACUCGGGGUAUCCCGCAGAUCACGUGGUAGUAAUUAUGCCCGUCGGAACUUCCUCGAAAGCCACCUCACGACGCAAUUCACCACAGAUCAAGCCCUUUUUCUUCCUGCAUCCAGUCAUUCUAGGCGAGACAAUGCUACGGAGCUGGCGCGUGGCGGAUCUACAACGGAAGCCCGUUCUGAGGCAGUCCGAGAGGGAGGGGUGCGAAAUGGAAAUCUUUCCCGUUAUGAAGUACCCGAGGACAGACAAUUGCUACCGGAGGGCGGACAAAAUGCAAGACGAUGUAGCAUGCCAGACGAGACGGAGAGUAUCCGGACCUCUGUAUCCGGUUCAUUGGCGCCUUACGCACACCAAGGACAACAGUAUGCGAUAUCAAUAAGGUCUGGAAGCCACAGGGUGGGUUCACACCUCACUGAUCGAUAUCUGCCGGUUCUGAAGGCUGAAAAUCAGGCCCUAACACGCGAAAACGAGCUGCUGCAGGAAAAGCUACUCGAGGCUGAAAGGCGUGCUGCCAACGCCACGUCGGACUGGCAGUUGAAAGAGGAGGUGCUAGUGCUCAAAGAGACCCUGGAGGCUGCGGAUAAAGAAAAGCAAAAGGCUGUAGAUGCGGCUCAUGAAACGUGGCGCCAUAAAGAGGCGGAACUCAUUGCGGAGCUGGACCUUCUGCGCAAGGAGCGCGACCAGGCCCAUGCGGUGAGGGAAAGUCACCAAGAUGAGCAACAAAGACAGAUCACCUCACUACAGUCUGAGCUGCAAUCACAGCGAGAUGAGAUUCGUGCGAAGGAGGAGACAAUUCGCCAACUCCACUUUACAUUAGCGGAGUUACAAAGUAAGCAGGAUCCGCGUCAGGUCUCUCCGGUACCGGCGAGGUCUCUCGAUGAGCUCGUGCAGGGUUCGCUGGAGGGCAUCUCAAGGGUAUUAGAGGCCCCGCCGAUCAAACUUGAUGACAAGGGCACCUGCAUCAUUAAUAUGUCGGACGAACUGAACAUAUUCCUGACGUUGGACAGUGAAUCUGAGCGACUUCAUGUGUACGCGAUGUUGUUAGAUAGGCUUCCCGUCUCCGAGGAAGUACGUCUACAGCUUUAUGAGAAGUUGUUGGAAGGGACGCUUUUAGGACGAGACACAGCUGGGGGCACCAUCGGCAUUAGCAAGGAGGACGGCGUGGUGCUUUUGAGUAUCUCGGUAGAUGUACGACGCAGUGAUGAAGACGCGUUGGCGCAUCUUGCGCGUCCCUUCGUGGAAUCGGUUAAGCGUUGGCAACGAGACAUCCAGGGAAUGUUGCCAAUAUCUUGA